AUGUGUAUGCAAAACCGUUACAUUUCAGAGUUAAAGGACAUUGCGAAACAGACUGGCAAAGACUUUGCAGCUGUCCUCAGAGAAGAGCUCUCAGUCAUCAGUGAGACUGUCGAUCUAGAUCACUCAGAAACCCAAGAUGAAGAUAUAGAACAGAACUCACCUGAUACCCCAGAGCAACAUGGCCCUGAAAAUGCUGCACAGCUAAGCCCCCUACCCAGUACAGCCCUGGAGCAGCAUGUUCACCAUCAUUGGUCUUCACCACCGACACCAUCUAAAGAAAAGACACAGCCUGCUCUGAAACUUUCUGACGUCAAUCCACCUGACAUACAAAAAGUAAUAGUCGAGCACAUAGUGAGAAAUGAAGAUUCUGCUUUGCAGGUGCACACUUCCUUGAGACUUAGACCCUUCUCUGGGCGUUUGUCCCGUCCCAACAAUGAAGUGGAUUAUGAGACAUGGCGUUCCAAUGUGGAACUUCUCCUUAAAGACACAACACAGUCUGAUCUUUACAAGUCACGAAAGCUUCUUGAAAGUCUGUUAUCACCUGCGAUCGAUAUUGUGAAGCACCUGACACCUGAAUCUCCCCUUAAUGUGUACUUAGAGAUCUUGGACUCCGCUUUCGGCACUGUCGAGGAUGGAGAUGACCUUUUUGCAAAGUAUCUUAACACAAUGCAAGAUAACGGUGAGAAACCCUCAGCUUAUCUACAACGGCUGCAGGUGAUGCUGAACACCACCCUCAGGAGGGGAGGUGUAACUGCAAGUGACCUUGACCGGCAUCUUCUCAGACAGUUUGUCAGAGGCUGCUGGGACAACAUCUUGAUAGCUGAACUCCAGCUAGAACAAAAGAAACAGAACCCACCUACCUUUGCUGAACUUCUCCUGUUACUCCGCACAGCAGAAGAUAAGCGUACUUCCAAAGCAUCCCGCAUGAAACAGCACUUCAAUGUUUCAAAGCCAAGAGUGUCUUCUCAUUAUCAAGGUAUUUAUGUGCAGAGUGAAGAAGACUUCAACCCAUCUCAGCCAGCUCUUGAUCACAGGUCCGAAAUCCAAGACCUAAAGAAACAAAUAGCUGAUGUACAGUCCCAGCUCACACGUAUUACACAGAAAGACAGUAGAAAGGCUAAAUCAGCUGCCAGACCAGUAGCUCCCCAAACAGCUAGCACACAUUCCCCAGCUAUCACUCCAACAUCUCAAAGGCUGCAGUCCCACAGCCGAGCUGUAAACAACAAUACAAGCAAUAGACCAAAGCCCUGGUAUUGCUUUAGAUGUGGAGAGGACGGACAUAUUAAGCCUCAGUGUGAAAGUGAGCCGAACCCAUCUCUUGUAGCUGAGAAGAGGAAGCAGCUAAGAGAAAAGCAGUUGACAUGGGACAUUGAGAAUGGUGCUUCAAAGCCUGAUCCUUUAAACUAGACCCAGUUCCGGU